AUGAAAACAACACUCUUAAGCACGCUCCUUGCUUUGCUGCUGGGCGUCGGCUCAGGCAAUGCUGGAACCAUUCGAAGCGCAAGUGUGCAAUCGGAAAGUAAUGCGAACGUUGCAAGGCAUCUACAGGCUGUGCUGGCACGAAACGACACCUACGAGAUGAUCCAAGGGACGACCCGACUCGACGUGAACCUCGUACAACAAGGCUUGUUGGCAAAUGACACGUCACAGUCUGCGAUACCUCUCGUGGUGACUGAUGUGGAGGAAUGGGGCAUUUUUCAAGGAAACCUUCGCGUCGAAGACGACGGUACAUUCCGCUAUGAUCCUCCUUCCGCUGGCUUUACGGGAACUGAGAUCUUUUCCUACACGGCAUGUCUCGGCACGGCGAUCUCUCGGCAGCAGCCGCCUGUCCAGGCUGCCGUCUGUUCCACUGCCAAUGUCACCAUCAAGGUCCUCGAAGAUCCCAACAGGCCCAACGAGCCCCCAACCGCUGAAGAUGACUCGUACACCGUCAAGGAGGAUGAAGAUUUCGAAGAAAACGCUCCGGGCUUUCUGGGCAAUGAUCGACGCGACUCGGGCUUGGCGAUCUUCCGAGAUGGCCGACCGCGAACGGACGGUCGGCUGGAAGGAGACCUUGAUACUGAAGAGGAUGGAAGCUUCGAAUACAAGGCUCGGCGUUGCUGGACAGGAGACGAGGUGUUUUUCUACACCGUUUGCUACGUCGACUAUCCUGACCUCUGUGACGAAGGAAGGGUUACCAUCCGAGUUGAAGAAGACAACAACAAGCGCCCCAAUCCUCCCAACGCGCAAAACGACCGCUACGAAGUAAAAGAGGGAGAAAGCUUGGAUAAAUCCGAGGGUGAUGGCAUCCUCAGCAAUGACGGGGCUGACAAAGGACAAGAAAUCGAGGUGGAGGACCACGAUGAGACCAGCGGCUUUAAGGGAGACCUUCACGUCAGCUCUGAUGGCAGCUUCACUUACCGCCCAGAGCCUGGAGAGCUCGGAUCUUUCUGGUUUGAAUACGAAGUCUGCUAUGAAGAAUGGUCUUGUGUGGCUUGCCGUACAGCCAGGGUGGAGAUCGUGGUCCAAUCCAACCCUGAAAAACCAGACAGCCCCCCAACCCCGGUCAAUGACCAAUACACCGUGGUGCAGGGAGGCAGCUUGGAUGUCUCGGAGUUUAAUGGAGUUUUGACCAACGAUGUGAAAGACAGCCGCUAUUCCUUGUUUGUUGACUCCUAUGACUUUGUCGGCGAUGGCCAGGGAGAUUUGGAUGUCGAUGAUGAUGGUUCCUUUGAAUAUGAACCCGAUGGCGACUUUCUUGGCACUGAGUCGUUCACCUACGAAGUUUGCUAUCGCGAAUGGCCCGAUCUUUGUGCCCAAGGCACUGCCACCUUCACCGUCACAGCUCCCGCGCCACCAGACACUGGGGUGGACUCACGCCGAGGACGGGCCACUUCUUAUCAGGUUCGCUGGGAUGCUGCCGACGAUGAAGCCGAAGACUGCGACACCGUGUCACCAAGGUUGACCCUUCAGUGUGGCUUGGAUGGGGAACUUGAAAUGGUGGACAUAUCGCCCAGUGACAAUGACGCUUGUGUCUUGAAUAGCGUGACAGGUGUCCUUCAAUGCAGCCCAUCCAACGAGGGAAUCAUUUAUGUCGCAUGCAGGGAUGGCCGAGCUGAUAAUUCCACACGGCGUCAGCUUCUUGUGUCCAUGAGCUCUGAUGCCGUGGCGUGCGAAGUGGACGACUCGGAAGAAUUCCAUCUAUCCUGGACAUACCACGCCAUGUCGCUUCAGGCUUACUGCAAUGAUCAAUGGACCGAACGAGGAAUGGAUUGCUCUGGAAAAGUGUUGACGGAAGCUUCGGGAUCUACUCUUUGCUACCAAGACGCCGUGACGUCUGGCACCUCUUCACAGCCAGCUGAUGUCAUGAUGAACUCGACUUCAUAUGAAGAUUGCGGCACGGUUGUCUAG